GCGAAGCAAUGCACGGAGAAAUGAAAUUCAGUGCUCUCCGGCAAGGAACAGAUAUCAGUCCUGGGAGAGCAUUUUUCUUUGCCUCUGUCAGCGAUAAGGCACGGCUACUGGAAUAAGUAAUCUUCAGACAAGUGCUGGUGGAGAACAAUUUCUCUCAGGCUUGGAGUGACGGCCGCAUCUCCGACCUUGAAGCAGUGGAAGGAGGACAGGUAGAAGAGCACACAGAAGGGCAGAGGAGAAGAAGAAUAUCCAGGGGGAAGGAGAGAGUGCUUUCUUCCCCUCAGAGGAGCAGCCCAUUCUGAGGAAGGGAGGGAGAGCGUGGCCCCUCAUCCCCGGGAGCCAUGUGACAGUCGGCCCCUGCAGCAUCCCCAGCAGCUAGAAUGGACCUGAGAACCAGCUCGCUCUGAAACCGCCUCUCACCAAGUCACGAUGGUCCCAGUUCUGUUUUUAGUAACAACAACAACAGCAGCAACAACAACAACAACAAUAAACAACACCUCAACGAAUUCGACUGAACCCAACUCCAGCUCGUUUGCCACCCAACACGUCCUCCCCACGGUGCUGGUGCUCUCUCUGCUGCUGGUCAUCAUCGUGCUGCUGGCCUGGUACUUCCUCAGGGUAAGACACCACAGGAAGGCGGUGGUCACUGUCGACAAGAAGAUACCAAAUGGCAUUUUGGAAGAACAAGAUCAAGGUAAAGAGCUGGGAGACCAUGCAACUGAGUUGCAGACACUGUCAGAGCAACAGACCGUGGUCCUGCUCCCACAGUCUCCGUCCGCCUCCAAGACCUACCUGCCCAUCCCUGUAGAACACCUGGAGGAGGAGUUUAGGCUACGCUCCGCCGACGAUGGGAAACUUUUCAGAGAAGAGUUUAACUCAUUGCCAGGAGGUUACACCCAGGGGACGUGCGUGGAGGCCAACAAGGAAGACAACAAGGAAAAGAACAGAUACCCCAACAUCCUACCAUAUGAUCAUUCAAGGGUUGUGCUCACCGUCCAGGAUGGAGAUCCCUGCUCAGACUAUGUGAAUGCCUCGUAUAUUGACGGCUACAAAGACAAGAACAAAUUCAUCGCAGCACAAGGCCCAAAGCAGGACACAGUGGCAGACUUCUGGAGGAUGAUCUGGGAGCAGAAGGCGUCCACCAUCGUCAUGCUCACCAACCUGAAGGAGCGGAAAGAGGACAAAUGUUACCAGUACUGGCCUGAUCAAGGUUGCUGGACUUACGGGAAUGUCCGUGUGGCUGUGGAAGACUUCACAGUCCUGGUGGACUAUACCAUACGCAAGUUCUGCGUGCAAUAUCAGGCCAGCGAUGGGACCAAAACCCCCAGACUGGUGACCCAGAUGCACUUCACCAGCUGGCCUGACUUUGGAGUGCCCUUCUCCCCCAUCGGCAUGCUCAAGUUCCUCAAGAAGGUUAAGCAGGUCAACCCGUCCUACGCCGGGCCCAUCGUGGUCCACUGCAGUGCUGGGGUGGGCCGCACAGGCACCUUCAUUGUCAUCGAUGCCAUGAUUGACCUGAUGUACGCAGAGCCCAAGCUCGACGUCUUCGGUUUUGUGUCCAAGAUACGGGACCAGCGUUCUCAACUUGUUCAAACAGACAUGCAGUACUCGUUCAUCUACCAGGCUCUGCUGGAGUACUACCUCUAUGGGGACACUGAACUGGAUGUGUCCUCGUUAGAGGGACACCUGCACAAACUGCACAACACCGUGACAACUGGUGACAGGGUAGGACUGGAGGAGGAGUUCAAAAAACUCACCAACAUGCGGAUCAUGAAGGAGAACAUGAGACAUGGGAACCUGCCGGCCAAUAUGAAGAAGAACCGAGUGCUCCAGAUCAUCCCCUAUGAUUUUAACAGAGUUAUUCUGUCAAUGAGGAGAGGUCAGGAAUACACUGAUUACGUCAACGCCUCUUUUAUUGAUGGUUACAGGCAGAAGGACUACUUCAUCGCCACACAGGGUCCCUUAUCUCACACAGUGGAAGACUUCUGGAGGAUGGUGUGGGAGUGGAAGUGUCACUCCAUUGUCAUGCUGACAGAGUUACAGGAGAGGGAGCAGGAUAAGUGUUUCCAGUACUGGCCCCCCGAGGACUCGGUGACAUAUGGCGACUACACCGUGGAGAUUAAAGGGGACACUCUGUGCGACACUUUCAGCCUGCGGGAUCUGGUACUCACAUAUGGGCAGGAGAAACAGUCGAGGCUGGUGCGGCACUUUCAUUUUCAUGGCUGGCCAGAGAUUGGCAUCCCAGCGGAGGGCCGUGGGAUGAUCGACAUCAUCGCUGCCGUGCAGAAACAGCAGCAGCAGUCAGGGAACCAUCCCAUUGUUGUCCAUUGCAGUGCCGGGGCGGGCCGGACAGGUACGUUCAUUGCUUUGAGUAAUAUCCUGGAGCGGGUCAAGGCUGAGGGCCUGCUGGACGUGUUCCAAACUGUGAAGAGUUUACGCAUGCAGAGGCCGCACAUGGUGCAGACCGUGGAACAGUAUGACUUCUGCUACAGAGUGGUACAGGAUUUUGUUGACAUCUUCUCAGACUAUGCCAAUUUCAAAUGAGAAAUGAUCUGCCUUAAACAGUUGUUCUGUGUUGUUUUUGAUAUCAGGUGGUGAGGAGUUUGUACCUCAUCACUGAAUUAAAUUGUCUUCUAUUUUGCUAUGCACUUGUUCUCAUUGUAACUAAAACAUCAUACCUAGCUGUAAUAUAUUGUCAUAUACUAGAGCUACUCAGCCAAUUUUUGACAUUAUUUAAAUUUUAUUUUGUUUUCCAUAUUUUUGUCUCGCUCUGGUUACUGUUUAUUUUGUUGUAAAAUAUUGUUCUUUUGUUUAUGACGUUUGUUUCUUUUUUUAAAUCUGCAUCAUACCAACUAAGCAUUUUACUGAUCAUUCCAUGUAAUAUUUGUAAAGCAGUAGUUAUUGUACAUGUAUUUAUAUACUGUUUUCAGCCGUCCAUCGCCAACCUUUAAAGACAAAAAACCUUUAUGUGAAUGUUCUCUGAUGUAUUUAUGCAAAUGUAAGUAAGGUCUUAUACUUCAUGACGCUGAUUGAUAUCUCUCAUUGAGAGAGAGACUGUGUUUUGUUAGGUGGAAAAAACAAUCCCAUGGUUGCUUUUGUUAAAGGCCAAACCCUUCCUCAGAGACAUCAGAAAUACAUGAAGAGGUGUGAAGCUGAACUACUAAGAAUAAAACUCAUAUAUACUGCAUAUAUAUAGAAAUCUCAUCAGUAUUAAUGCUUGUUUCCAAGCUGUGAGGUUACCUCUGUUUUUUUCUCUAAAGAGGGCACACUAGUUAUAGCCAUACAAACACCGCAUUGGAGGGAGUCUGCCAUGCCUUGCAGAGUCCUCUGUGUCCCUGACAUCACUGAUGUUCAAAAUGCUAAAAACAAAUAGCAGCACAUGUCUUUAAGCACACUGACCACCGAAGAUUGUCCUGCAGAAUUGCCAAGGAGUUCCAGCAGUUGAAAAAAAGGAGUCUGCAUUUGUACAUACGUCCACCCUAAUACUAGUAUUAUAUCAUAGUAGUGGUGCUGUCUGAAACGGCACACAUACGGUAAAUAGAAAUAUAUAUAUUUUGGAAUUCCACCACUGCUUUUAUGCUGCUUUUCUGUUUGCAUGAAACAGUGCCAUAUUCUCUAGAUGAGAAAUAUAUUUUCAACAAUAGCCUCUUACUCAUAAAGUAACAUAAAAUUGUAUUUAUGCAGGAUAGGAUUAAGUACAAGGCAUUUAAAUCUCUCUAUGAUCCAUACUGUGGCCAGUACAGUAAGUGCUCACAGAUGGACAUGGUGUCCAUUCAUUUGAACUGACCCAAUGUCAGUUGAUGCUUAUGCACAAAUGUACAAUAUGAAAAGUUGAACUUACCACUGAACAUAUAUGCAGGGAGGAAACUAUUUGCUAUCCAAAAGUUUUAUCCAUGUGUUUGAGGAGAAAAAUGCCAUAUUUAGUCAUGUAGAUAUAGAAACGAUUAAUAAUGGAAUACCAGUGAAAAGGAAUGCUGGUUCAUAGUCAUUGGCUAAAUAAGAAUGCUUUAAGCAGGGCAAACCAAACAAAGGAAGAAGCACAGUAAGGAGUUUUGUACUUUUGUCUCAGAUGUGAUUGGCUUGCAAUAUAGCCUACUGUUGAUGCACAACACCAUAUUCACAUUCUGUGCUCUGCCCAGACCAACCUCAACAGUUUUUGAAAGGUCCUGAACAAAACCUCAUGGCAGCCAUUUUAUUCUUCCUUUUCUUUUUUCUUUUCUUUGAUCUGCUCACUUUGAUAAAUUGUUAAAAAUGCUCCUUACCUUGUGUUGAAACAAGGGAUUGGCAGAGAUAACUCAUAAAGCAUUAAAAGAGAUCUGUGUUGAUCUAAACACACCAGCUGAAUAGCAUAUCAAACAGUGGUCAUCUCCAAGCCAAGGGUUAAUUCACUCACAGGUCGAAGCCCCUUCAGCGGAACUAGGAAUGAAAACCAGUAUGAUCGAUUCUCCAACAUGAGUUCUCACUUCCUGAUUUGACUGAAAUGCUGCUUCCCUGGUGGUCUAUGGAUGACCUCAGCCCUGCAUUGUCUUGCUGUUAUAUAACUGUAGAAACAUUUCUUGAACAUUGUGCUCAGCAUUUGUGAGAUUCAUGGAGUUGAUUUGGUAGCUUGCCAGCCAGAUGUCUCUCCUCAGUGUAUGCCUUUCCUCAUUCAACUUGUCAAACUGUGUUGUGGGUGCCAACCCCAGGCUUGUGCUAAUCAUGACUAUUUAAGGGUAUGGCCAAACAUAAGCUAUACCAUUUCCUGAUUUUGUCAUGUCAUACUGGAGUUAGUGUCUUUGUAAAUGCAGUUUUCAAUAUUAAAUACAGUUGAUAAAAUCCUGA